AUGUACACCCACUUCCCUGCCCUCAGAAAUUCUCUCGACUCUGAACGGGAGCGUGUGGGACCAGGAACCUGCGGCAGCAUUUGCUACUGCGAACGCAUCCUUUAUAUAGACAGAGGCGACCACGGCUUUGACAACAACUUCAUGGACAUGAAGACCAUAUUCAGAGCUUUCGGGCCAGAUUUCAAGAAGGGUUACCUGGCUGAGCCCUUUGACAGCAUCCACAUCUACCCACUCAUGUGUCGGCUCCUGGGGGUGACCCCUGAGCCCCAUAAUGGCUCCCUGGCCAUCACGCAGGGAAUGCUCGUGGACCAGAAUCCAGGAGGGGGAACCACUUCGAAGACGCUGCAUAACGCAGUGAUCGGCCUCGGAACGGUCACAGCCGUGCUCCUGAUUGUGUUUCUCUCUGCGGUCACGUACACUGCCAUCCAGCGGAAAAAGACCGGCCGGACAAGCGACCAGCGCAGCCCAGCGGAGCCGCGGGGCGCGACCGCCUUCUGAAGCUGCCACGGAGACUCGCCCCGUCGGGAUCCCCGUGCGCCUCCCGCUCGGGGCCCCCGGGCCGGGGACACCCCGGGCCGACACCGUCCUUGCUUGUAAACUCCCAGCAGCGCCCCGGCCGCCUCCCGAGUGGGGGAAUAAAGGGGGACGAUGUGUGUGU